AUGAUGAGCCUCCGAUUGAUUCCACCAGGUGAGAUUGCGGCCAUCCUUCUAGUUGUUACACCUGGGCUAGUUGGAGAAAGAGAUGACAUCCUUCUAGUUGUUACUCCUGGGCUUAAAUGUGGCGUUGGAGAGGGUUCAGUAGCAGCUUUGGAGGUCCCAGCAUCAAUUUUGGAGGCUCCAACGGCUUCAGAUUUGUUUAUCCUGAGAACUUGGAUUAGUUGUGCAUCAUUAACUGCAGCAUCAACUGGUUUAAAGUAUCUCCAUUCUUCGUCUACUCCGGUUGGAUCAUCCCCACUAGGGUCACAGCCAACAGUCAUGAAGUGCUCCUGCUCCUCCUCUUCAGGCAUUGGUGGUCCUGCUGUGUAUGAGUUCACAGUGACCUCUACUCUACAAGCAUUCUUUGGAUCAAUCCUGUGA